AUGGAAGACAACGAAGAAGAAGACAAAGAAGGAGAAGAAUUGGACCGAACGGUCGUCGUGAACGAUUCUCCGACGAAAAGUUUGAGUAAAGCUGAUUAUGCUGAUGAAGAAAACGCGACGACGAAGAAGAAGAGCUUUACACCCAUAAACGCGACGAUGAACGAACGAAUGAAGAAACUCUUCUCGAAAGAAAAUCGAGAGAUUUUCGCAAAGAACGCGAAAGAGACGACGUUUAAAGCGGGCACUUUGUUGCAAGACGUGUCGAGUAAAUCGUUCGUGAAGAUGAAAGAAAGUGUGCAGAAAAUGAAAGAGUUGAGCGUUACUAAGAAGAAUGCAGACGAGAACGAAAACGACGACGACGCGAAAGCGAAGAAACGCGUGGAACGAGGGAUACGCGCGAGCACGACGGAAACGAAUAACAACGCUGAUAUAUUCUUGGACGUGGAGGACGACUUGCGGUUUCUCGGGUACGCGGACGGCGACCACGCGACGUUGGCGAAAGUUACGGUGAUGAAAUGGAGCGUGAUGUUUCCUAGGUGUUUAGCAGUUGGAAGAGAAGAUGGAACAAUACGAGUGAUUGUGUUUGGGAGUAAGAAUGGUAUGGAUAAUAGGGCAAAAAAUAAGAAGAAGGAGAAGAACAAAGAGGCGAAAGAAGCGACGAGCGAGAAGCGCGCCGCUACGAAUGAUAUUAGCCAGCAGCAAAAAGAAGAGGAAGAAGAAGGAAACGAGAAAAAACAACACAAGAAAGGAGGAUCCGUGGCAGAUAGAGUAGCGAGCAUUGAAAAAGAACAAAAACAAGAAGAGGGACGAGAUGGUGCAUCAACGCCACCUCCGCCUACGACUGAAAUCAUUCUCUCGGACGACGAAGACGAAGAGAAAAUGGACGAGUACAACGCGCACGGUGUCUCGCACGUGUUUGAGCUCGAAGAUGUGUUCACCGAAGCCGUUUCGGAUUUAGAUUGGUCGUUAGAUGGUUCAGCUUUGCUCGCGUGUUCCGCGAAAGGUAAAGAAAUUCGCAUGUAUAAGCUCAACGAUAACAAUUCUGGGAACACAAACAACGCGACGAAAUAUUUUCGCUCGGGCACUCUCGAAGCUGUCGUACAAAUAUCAGAAAAUCCAAGGAGCGUAAAGAUACAUCCGGUGAGAACGAACUUGGCGCUAAUCACUACGAAACAGCGAAGUGUAAUGUUAGCGGAUGUGAACUCUUCGCAACCGCCGGACAGAGUUCGCGUGCAAGGUGAUCCCGAAGCUGGAUUGAAAGAAAUUUGUUUCAACACGUCUGGGAGACUCGCGUAUUUCGGCGACGACACCGGAAGAGUCUUUACGCUUUCCUGCAUAGAACGGAAAGACUUUACGAAGAAGUUAUCCAUCUCGAAACUUCUGAAUAAAGGUAAGAAAAGCAGUAACAACUCGUCGUUAGCGAAACAAACUGAUCCAACUUCUCGACGGAUAAAAGAAGAGAAGAACAAAAACGAUAUGCGUAGAAGUAAUAGCAGUAGCGGCGAUAUGGCUUCAAAAGGCGGCGAAGGCGAUGACAGCGGGGGAGGUGAUCACGCCGCUGAAAAUAACGAUAAUGCUAAUAACGAUAAUAACAACAACGGAAUUAACGGUGAAGCCUCUGAAAGUCCUGCCGCUCCUGCCGCUAAAAAGUCUUUGAUGUCCGCGUUAAAACCGGAAGAGAUUAAAGAAAAAGCGAAAGAGAAGGCGAAUUUGAUGGCGAAGCGCAUGAAGGACGACGUGAAAGUGGCCAUGAACAAAGUGAAGACUUACGCGAAAGAAAAAGCGACGAAGCCUUCCCAAGGAUUUUCGCUCACGGUUUUGCACGUGAAUAGUUUAGGCCAAGAGCGAUCGCCCGUGUGCGCUUUAUUUUGGUGCGCGUACGUUGCUUCGAUCAACGCGCCCGUCCUCGCCGUGGCUACGGCAAACGGGAAAAUUCGAUUACUCAGAAUUGUCGAUUUAGGAACGUCUGGCGACCAUUUAGUGCCAAUUGCGACGGCAUCUAUGCCGUCGCAACGCGGUGGUUUUUCUUUUUGUCCGGCUAAAGUCUCCACCGCACCGCCGAUGGUCGCCUCUCCGCGCGAUAAAGUCACCGGUCUGGUGUGCGAAAUUUUGCAAACGAAAAAUUCGCUCUCGCAAAACGAGGAAGGCCAGGACGAGCGGAAUUACGAGAUCAAGCAAGUCCUCGAAACGCGAGAGGACGACACGUUCUUCAGCGAUGGCGAAGAUGAGACCAAGCAAGAUAAACCAAAAACGCCCGCGCUCGCGUUUUGUGCGGAUUCGUUCUCCUUUUCGAGCGACGGAUUAAGAUUAGCCGGUAGCAACGCGAACGGAAAAGUAGCGAUUUGGACCAGUUUUGCGAUGUAG